CUCGCAUCCACGAUGGUGAUCAACGACCUGGCAAUUUGCUCGGGUCAACCAUUCUGAUCACACGAGGUUGUGUCCACUGCUCGCUCGCACUCGCCGACAUGGACGCCGAUCGGUCCCAACAAGCGUUGCAGCUGCUGGAUAUGGAAGCCACGUGGCUGCUGUGAUCCUUGUUCUGCUGAGUGGCACGGACGCGGGCAGCAAUCAAAGCAAUCCAUAUGCGUCCUUGUAGUGAGUCCUCCAUCUUUGUUCGCUCGACCUGAACACUUCGAGAUCCAAGACACAUCUCCCGCCCGAACAGCAUUGCAUCGCUCCGGGAACAACGCCUGCUCCUGCAUAAGAGUCCGCACCGCAGGCGAGACACUCCACGAUCAUGUCCAGCAUGUCCACCUUUGAAUCCCUUGUUGCCGACCUCACUCGCGACGCUUGCCGCGUCCAGCCCAAAGAUGCCCUCCAAUUUUGUGCAAACUGGUUCCAAUCUCGUCUCGAGGAACAGCGCACGCGUACCCGCGACGUUCUCUCCCAGCGUCCCGCUUCAGCGCGCGACCUGCCUGCCGACCACUACCUCGAUACCCCUCUGGGUCCCACUUCUGGAUCUAUAAACCCGCCCAGCGUUUCACCCUUCGAAUCACCGUUCCCUCCACCGCUCUCGAAGCCUCGCUCCUCGCUGCGUAACUCAAUGUCUGUCCCGAGCCCUUUUGGCACGCUCAACGUUCCAGGCAAUGCGCUGCUCUCUGAUCAUGGAGGCAGCAGAGACCGUGGCUCACUGACGCCUCCGUCGUUCAGGCUAGAGGAGGAAGAUGAGCUCUCCCCCACCACCGUUUUUGCCAAUCCAGACCCCUUCGCGUCCUUUGCGAAUGGUUCGUCCUCAUGCGGACACGGAGAUUACUUAAAUACCCUUGACCCGACGAUCCUCGCGCGCCGUCCAUCUGUCAGCGCCGAAUCCAUCGUGGUUGACAGCGAAGUGGACGAGCCACUUCCUGUAUUUACAAAGACGGAAGACCAACUCCGACGCAUACGUGCGUCGAUCGCGAACAACUUCAUCUUCCGCGACCUGGAUGAAGAGCAAGAGACGGGUGUACUCAAUGCGAUGCAGGAGAAGCGUGUCAUUCAGGAAGAGGUGGUCGUCCGCCAGGGCGAUGUAGGCGACUAUUUCUACGUCGUCGAGGAAGGGUGGCUGAAUUGCUAUAUCCGUCCCGAGCCCCUGCCACCCGCAUGGCUCACAGGCAACAUCUCAUCGGAUGAAAAAUUCUUACAGCCGGGAUACCAUUCGGAGUUCGGGAAGAAGGUCGCAGAGUGUCGGGAGGGUAGCUCGUUUGGCGAGCUGGCGUUGAUGUAUGGACACCCGCGGGCGGCAACCGUCCUCGCGAUGGAACCAUCGACGCUGUGGUCGGUGGACCGGAUCACGUUCCGCACCAUCAUUCUCAAAGCGGCGCACAGGCGACGCACGAUGUAUGAACAGUUCCUCUCAUCCGUGCCGCUUCUCACGUCCCUGGAGCCGGCCGAACGGAGCAAAAUCGCUGACGCGUUGGUGAGCAAGGUGUACAAGGACGGGGAGGCAGUGGUGCGCCAAGGCGAUAUGGGCGACACGUUCUUCUUCGUUGAGGAGGGCGAGGCCGUCGUCAUGAAGAUGCAGCAGGCUGCCGAAGGAGAGACGAGGGAGAUGCAGGUCGGACACCUGACAAAGGGCGACUACUUUGGAGAGUUGUCGCUGCUACGGCUGGCGCCACGCGCUGCAACAGUGAGUGCGAUCGUCCGCGCAGACUCGUCAAAGCCGAAGCUGAAGGUGGCGGCGCUGGACGCGCCUGCGUUCACGCGUCUGCUUGGCCCGUUGCGGGACAUCAUGGAGCGGAAUGCCGGGCAGGCAUAUGGGCCUGCGGCCGCGUCGAGGAUAUCGCACUAAGGGUGCGGUCGGAGGUGUCUUUCUUGCGUCGGAAGUAUGUAUCGAGCAUGUGUACCGCGCGAAGUGUAGCCUAUUGUGCCGCGCGUCUGCGGGCGAUUGUCAAUGAGGGUUCCCAUCCUCGGAAGUUAUGUAGUUCCAUGGCAAUGCGAUGUGCUGCUCUGCCUCC